GAGGGGCGGAGCGAGUAACGAAGCACAAACAUUCAGCCAUAGCAACUCGGCUAGUUGACAAGGCCUUAGAGGACAUCAAUAUCCUCAUCACUUAAAUAAAAACCCCCGCCGCCAGCGCCGUUAUAUGCCCCACUUUCCAGCGUCGCCAGUACUACCCUCCAUGUGGGUGAGGGACCUGUGUGUGUCAGAUUAUGGCGAGAAAAACAGUUAGCAGGAAAAGGAAGGCAGGGGAGCUCAAGGAACAACAGCUUGAUUGGUGCCAGUCUGUGUAUAAGCGUGUCCGCGUAUCCUCAUCGUCACGUCAUGCCCAGCAAUGGUGGCAAGGCCGUCAGUCAAUGGUGUCCGCUAUCCGAGGACGGGAGUUUCGACCUCAGAAGCAGCACGAGUGGAGGUUCCAGCGUAGCUUGCGUGGCUUUGCAGCAGGACGCAUCCCAGGAAUUCUCAGAGAACGUGAAUUCUCCCUGGGCUGCCUCAACAAAGUGUUUGCAUCUCAGUGGCUCAAUCAGCGUCAAGUGGUGUGUGGGACCAAGUGCAAUACGCUCUUUGUGGUUGACGUGCUCACGGGCCAGAUUACCCGGAUCCCGAUGCUAAAGGACAGAGAAGGACAGGGCGGAGGCUCCCUGGGCAUGGGUGUGAUAGGCACCCCGGUCUUUCAGAACCCAGGAUUAGCUGGUGGACUUGAUGCCCAGCAGGGCUGUGGCAUCCAUGCCAUCGAGCUCAAUCCGUCACGCACUCUGCUGGCCACCGGAGGAGAUAACCCGAACAGCCUGGCUGUCUAUCGACUGCCCACACUAGACCCAGUCUGCGUUGGCGAUGAUGGUCACAAUGACUGGAUCUUUUCCAUUGCCUGGAUCAGUGACACCAUGGCUGUAUCAGGUUCUCGGGACGGCUCCAUGGGCCUGUGGGAGGUGUCCGAAGAGGUGUUAAGUCUGGCAGAGAAACAGCAGGAUGAGGAAGGGGUCCCCAGCUACGCCCACAUCUCCCAUCGCGCCCUUAAAGACAUCCCUAAAGAGUACACCCACCCAUACAACUGUAAAGUGCGUGCCCUAGCCUUCAAUAACAGCCAUAAGGAGCUGGGUGCUGUUUCUCUAGAUGGAUAUUUCCAUUUAUGGAAGGCAGAGGACAACCUGUGUAAGGAGCUCUCCACAAAGCUUCCCUACUGCAAGGAGAAUGUGUGCCUGGCAUAUGGACUGGACUGGUCUGUGUAUGCGGUCGGCUCCCAGGCACACGUGUCCUUUCUCGAUCCUCGGCAGUCUUCCCAAAACAUAAAGUCUGUGAGCUCCAGAGAACGUGGCAGUGGAAUUCGCUCCGUCAGCUUCUACGAGCACAUAGUGACAGUAGGCACAGGCCAAGGCUCCCUGCUCUUCUACGACAUCAGGGCUCAGCGUUUCCUCGAUGGUCCAUCCAGUUCACCCGGCGGGUACCGGAAGACCCCUGUAGACGGCAUUCUCAAGCUCACCACGGGGAGAGGCUGGCUGAACCAUGAUGAAACGUGGAGAAGCUAUUUCUCAGACAUCAGCUCCUUUCCGAAUGCCGUCUACACGCAUUGCUAUGAUGACUCUGGAACCAAGCUGUUUGUGGCCGGCGGACCUCUCUGCUCGGGCCUGCACGGAAACUACGCGGGGCUCUGGAGCUAGCUUUCUCCACUCUCUCGCUGUUCCUGUCAGACUUUUACUAUACAUACUGAUCAUCAUUGCAGCACUCUGUCUGUCUUCAUUCAUCUGCCAAUAUCUGUUUCCACCGGACUCAGGAGCAUCAACAUGCUUCUCUUCAGUUUUUUUUUUUGUUGUUGUUUUUUUUUUUUUUUAUCAUUUAUGUGUUGUCUUUCUUGGCUCCUGAUUUCUUUUCAGUGUGUGACUAAGCAGAGUUUUGCGCAGCAGUCAGUGAGGCCUGUGCUCAGUCCUAGUCCUCGGUCAGAGACUCGUUUCAGAACUCUGACAAAGUGUAAAGAUAUUAAACUAUUUAACGGCCUCUCCAGGAUCUCGGAUGCUCGCUUGGUUUUUACCGUUUUGCUCUGCAGCAUUUUGUGUAAUGUGUCUCAAAGAUUGGAGGCUUGGAGAAAGUCUGUUAUUUUGGUAUGGGCUAUUUGUUGAGCCCAGGAUCUGCCACGCUCUUGCUUGAAGUGGACUGAAGUACAUAGAAGAAGAGCAAAUGAAAAAAGACAGUCUGGUAGCAGAACUUAUUUUAGUUUUGUUGUGCCAUAUUAUGCCAUGAUGAUCACAGAGGGACUGAUUAUUGCAAACAGACAAAAGCGCAGAAAUGAUGUCUGAAUGAAACACGGACAUGAUAACAGAUUUUUUUUGUUUGUUUGUUUCCUCUGAUAGUGAGUGAGGUAUGAUUUUUAAGUGGAUUGUGUCUUUUGCUUUGUGAGUAAGACUAAUGCACACAUCACAUUGGUAAUGUUGUUUUGUUUUUCUUUCAGCAGCUAUAAUUUAUUUCCUGCCCUUAUUUGUCACUAGCGCUCAUGCUGCUAAUGUACAAUCAUUUUCGUUCACAGUGUCGCUUCUGAGCUCCAGUCAGGGGGGAAGAAGAUUCAGCUCCUCUUCCUCUUCUUUUGAGCAGAGGCAGAGCAGUAGUCAGUAACAUCGUUGCCUUUCCUGAGUCUUUCUGUGAAAGACUUUUGCGAGUCGACUUUUCUUUUUAAACAUGAAACCUUUAUGGAUCAUUGCAAAGAAAAAAAUUAGAACAAAUAGAGCAGAUUGUGGUUAAGACCCUAUAUUAAACGAGUAACCUUCACUUUUAAAAUGUAUUUUAUAUAUAAAUGUGUACACAUAUUUGGAAAUCUUAUAGAGAGAAAAUACAUUUUAUGUAAAUGUUUGAAAACGUGUGUGUGUGGACUAACCGUCAUUAUUUUGGUGGUGCCCUCUUUUUUUAUACACACUACCUGAGUGUUUUUACAACUUGCUGAGUCUGAAAAAAAUAUGUGAAACAAGGCAAACCAAUUCAAGAACAUGUUUAAAGAGAAAAUAAUGAAUAAAAGUCUAUUGAUGUAUUUUUCUUCCA